AUGAGUUUGAUUAAACCGGUUUAUGUUUCACAUAUCAAAAUUGUCUGGUUUGAUUUUUUAAUGGUUUGUUUUUUCUAUAAAAUUGGUGGUUUCUUUUUGUAUACACAAAACAAAACUCUUUUCCUAGUAUUUAUUAAACCAAGUUCUUUUACAUUUUAGUCUAAUUUGGGCCUACUCUAUUGGGCUUUAAUGUUACACAAACGGCGACGUAUUGUAAGGAUGCCAAAUUAUAGAAAAAUGUCAUUCAGGUCUUCUCUUCUGUCUCUCUCUCUCUCGCUGAACAUUUUAAGAUCGCUUAGCUGGUUCGUUCGUGCAUCUGAUUUGCUGCUGUCUUAAUUUUUCUUCCAAGAGUUGAGGUGUUUUAAAAAUCUAAUCUUUCUUUGGUGGGUGAGGUGAAGAGACUCUGAUUCACAGAUCUCAAAAGAGUUUUUUUAUAAAGAAAAUGAACAGAAACACAAGAAUCGAUAUCCCUUCACCAUCUUUAGCAGCCACAGUCUCCGCCUCUGCAGACGGUGAGUUUAAUGAAGACGACAUCUUUGCAAUCGACAUAUCUCACGCGCCUCCUCCUCGUCAUUCUCCCGUGUCGUCUCCGUCGCAGCAGCAUCUUCAUCAUCAUCCUGCUCGUCAGCUUCAGAGGAGCAAGAGCGGUUUGAAAAACGUUGAAGCUUCUGGUAUCCUUGCGGCUCUUCCUGAAUCCUCUGGAAACAGCAGUUACUUGAGUCAUGUCUUUCACCACAAGCCUGCUGCUGUUCUCUCCACUUCUGUCUCCUCCACUGUUUCUUCAUCGUCUUCUUCAGGUGGUGGUGGUGGUGCUUCAGCUGCUUCUUCGUCUUCGUCUCGAGCUAUCCCAUCCGCUCCUAAACCUCCUCAAGAGAGGCUUCCGUUUGCAGCUUCUUUUAUAGGUGGUGGUGGUGGUGGGAAGUAUCCUCAGUCAGCUCCUGUUCAAGUGCCGUUAAUGUCUUCGGCUAUGAUGAAUCGCCAUAAGAAGGAGUUUAAGCUGACUGAUGUGGUGGAUGAUGAUGAGGAGGAAGAAGAAGGCGAAAUGCUUCCGCCUCACGAGAUUGUAGCUCGGUCUUUGGCUCAGUCUUCAUUGUUAUCUUGCUCGGUGCUUGAAGGAGCAGGAAGGACACUUAAAGGGAGAGAUCUCAGGCAGGUAAGGAAUGCUGUUUUCAGAAGAACCGGUUUCAUAGAUUGAGUUUUUUCUUUUUUCUUUCUUUACUAUUCAGAAAGACCAUUCUUUAAUUUGUUAUCCCAAUUGAUGAACUUCUUUAUCCCCUUAUUUGGCCACUGAAUCUUGUCAAUGUGUAUUGUUCAUAUAUGUUGUCUACAUUAGACGAUUUGUUACUUUCAUAUCAAAGAGAUUGAUGUGAUUGCACAUGUUUAUAGUUGCUUUCAUGCUUCA